UUCCACAUUCCUUGAGGUAUGGCCAAGAAAAGAAGAAUCUAUCUGCAUUUCCACCUUAAUAAGGUGAUUGAUGCAAAGAGCUGACUCAUUGGAAAAGACCCCAAAUGCUGGGAAGGAUUGAGGGCAGGAGAAGAGGGCAACAGAGGAUGAGAUGGUUGGAUGGCAUCACCGACUCAAUGGACGUGAAUUUGAGCAAACUCCAGUAGAUAGUGAAGGACAGGGAAGCCUGGAGUGCUGCAGUCCAUGGGGUGGCAAAGACUUGGACACGACUUAGCAAUUGAACGCCAACAAAAGGUGAUCACAGUUUGGGAAAGUCUGGGCCAGAGGACUGUGGCCUGCUGGCGGGGAGGUGGUGUGGGGAACCAGCACUUGGUGACCCGAGCUGGUCUCGUGAGACUGGUGGAUGCUCUGAGCGACUCCCAGAGUCCUCACCAUCUCCUUGUUGCUUCUGCCCAAUCUGAUUCAGUCAUUCUUUCAUGUGGGCAAAAUUGCAGAUUUUAAGUUCCUUUGUUGUUGAAAGUGUUAGUCGCUCAGUCGUGUUUGACUCUCUUGCGACCUCAUGGACUGUAGCCCGCCAGGCUUCUCUGUCAAUGGAAUUCUCCAGGUAAGAAGACUGGAGUGGGUUGCCAUUCCCUUCUCCAGGGGAUCUUCCUGACCCAGGGAUCGAACCCGAGUUUCUUUAGCAGGCAGAUUCUUCACCACUAGCACCACUUGGGAAGCAGGUGCUUGUUGUUCAGUUGCUCAGUCAUGUCUGAUUCUGUGCGACCCCAUGGACUGCAGCACAUCAGGCUUCCCCGUCUUCCCCUAUCUCCCAGAGUUUACUCAAAUUCAUGUCCAUUGAGUCAGUGAUGCCAUCCAACCGUCUCAUCCUGUCACCCCCUUCUCCUGCCCUCAAACUUUCCCAGCAUCAGGGUCUUUUCCAGUGAGUUGGCUCUUCCCAUCAGGUGGCCAAAGUAUUGGAGCUUCAGCUUCAGUCCUUCCAAUGAAUAUUCAGGUUGAUUUCCUUUAGGAUUGACUGUUUUCAUCACCAUAAACUUCUUAUUCAGGGCUAAUUUUGUAUUAUGUUAAAUCACUUGGUUUUGUUCUCAUGACUUCCUGAUUGCUUUGGCAUAAUUGCGAGGAGGUGGAACUUCUAGGCAAGCGCACAUGCAUCCCCAAGUAGGAGCAAAUCCACUCUUGACACAGGAAGAGCGCCGAGGCUUUAGUGAGGGGGUUAAAUCCAGUCCUGAAGCACUUUUGUGAGCACUGAUUGCUCAGGCCCGUGCGUCACCACGUGAAUGUGAGGGGAGGGGGUACAGGCUUUAGACAGGCAUAUAUACAAGAAAACAGCUGCAGGUUGAGCUGAAAAUAGCCCCCUCAGUCUGCAGAGAAGAGACUCAAGUCCACAAAGCACCAGUUUCAGGGGCUGCCAAGCAGGAUGAGCAGCCCCAGAGCUCGAGACAAGUACCAGCCAGCCUGCAAGAUGCUGGCCCUCUGCUUGCUGCUGCCGCUGCUGCUGCUGCCCUCGGGGGCCGCCACUGCCCUCUUCCCAGAGGGCGGCCUCGCCGGCCACGAGAGCGGGCACAUGCAGGAACUGGCAGAAAUAAAGACAAACAGCCUGUUGACUUUCCUUGCGUGGUGGUACGAGUGGGCCUCCCAGGCCAGGGCAGUGCCCUUCGUAGGAGGGGAAGCCAGGGAGGUAUCCAAACGGCAGGAAGGCGCACCCCUCCAUCAGUCCACACGCCAAGAUAAAACACCCUGCAAGAAUUUCUUUUGGAAGACCUUCUCCUCCUGCAAGUAAAACUCCACCCAUAACUACUCGUGCAAAGGAGUGUAACAAUGGAUCUGAAUAAAAUGUAUUAACAAGCAGCUGUGAUAUUUCUUCUUUGUGCAGUUGUCUUCUCUUUCUCAUGUAAUUUGAAAAGUAGGUUUUAUAUAAACUUUAAAAACACCUACUACUAGAUGUCUUCAGUAAUUUGGAACCCAAAGAGAGUAUUUUAUUUUUAUUUAUUUUUUACUGAAGUAGAGUUGACUUACAAUGUUGUGCCAAUCUCUGCUGUAUAGCAAAGUGACUCAUGUAUACAUACAUACAUAUAUAUAUGUAUAUACAUUUUAAAAAUAUUCUUUUCCA